CACAGUGGAUGGAUAGGGAGAAAACCGGCACCGGCGACGGGUGGGGCAGAGAGAAGAAAACGGCGUUGCUGGCUGAUGGUGCACAGAGGACAGAUUCAAACUGAGAUUCAAAUACAAAUUCAGAUUCAUUCAUUCAGAUUUAUUUAAGUAAGUAACUGGUGUAGUAAGUGAUGAAGGUGAUACCGCCCACGGAGAAAAAGAGACCGCAGAAGAACAAUCAGCGAGGAAAGAUCCAGUAUCGGAAGAGAGGUUGUUAUAAGACGUGGAAGAAGAAUGGUCCAAGUAUUAAAGGAAUUGUCAACCUACCAGAUGCAUGUGCUGAGGGCCAAGUAGCUGUGAAAGCGAGUGCUGGAAUUUCUGUUGGUGCAGCUGGGUUGGUGGAGAUCAUGGACACCUACGAUCGGCCCAGUAAGACUCUGACUGCCGGUACCUAUGCUGAUGCUGGGACAUUCCUAGACGGCUUUGAGGAUAAACCCGGUAAGCGUUUUCCCAAGGCAGGAGUGUACGCCGGUGCAGGAUUGGGCCUUGCUCGUGCUCAAUGGAGUGUUUUUGAAGCUCAGGCUAAAGGGCCCAACGCCAGCGUGGUAGCCGAAGCCUCUUCGGCAUCUCUCAGUGUUAAAGCCUGUGCCAAAGCAGAAGUGGCCAGUGUUUCAGCCACUGCUGGUCCGGUGAACGCUACACUUGGUCUUGCAUUUGACAUCGGUGCCUCCGUUAGUCCAACAUGUAUAGAGGCAAAGGUGCUGGGAACAGGCUUUUCGGUUGGUAGUAAAGUGGGCUUUUCUCUGUUCGGCACUGGGUUUGAAAUGAAAUUAUGGUAGACUGUGACAUCUUGCCAAAUACAGCUCUUUGUAAUUGUGUUUUGCAUAUUGUGACCAGAGUUAGGUAAGGGUUACUUUAAAAGUAAUCAAAGUACUUUACUGCGUUACUUUUUUUUUUUUUAAGUAACCAGUUACUUUACUGCAUUACUCCCUGAGAAAAGUAACUCAAGCACUUUUAAAGUACUUUUGAGUAUUCUACAUUUCCUAUUGGGCAAUGGACCACAGGGCGCUAAGCCUACAUUUUUUGUCUCCAAAAUUAAAGUUAUGGACCACUUGCCCUCCACUGAGAUCCAGUUCUCCCAUCACAGCCGUCACUUUGACCAGUAGAAACACAGAACGAUCUGCUGCCGUAGACAACUGUAUGACAACAACACCCCAGCGUUUUUAAUAUUCCUCUAGGGAUGUUACCACACAGAGUAAAAGGGGGAAAUGAUGGUGUGAAACAGCAGAGGCACUUUGUCAACCCGCUGAGUUAACCUUACUGUCAUUAGCAUCAAGCUAGCAAACAAUGGUACAUCCUCACGGUCGGGCAUAAAGUAAUAACAUUAACAAAUAGCAGCGGGGCUUUUACUCACCACAACUGCAGAGGCUCCCAGCUUCAUUUGAAACAAACCACAUUAUAGACGCUCCGUUAUUUAUUAAUCCCUCUGUGUGUUUAUAUAUUUACUUUUUAUCCGCUCCCAUUGUCUUUAUAAAGUUAACAUAUUGCACCGUCAUUUCAAACUCAACACUUCCUGAUUUUCUUUCAGAUUAAAAGCCCCUUAUAAACUCAGCUGAGAGAAUCCCUCCAUUUUCUAAAUAGGCUUUUAUUGUGAAAUAUUUGUAUGAACGUGGUUGUGGAGGAUACAGUAGCUUGAUAAUUUACGUACAGUGCUUCAAAUGUAGCUCCUGCCAUCUGUCGGCUGGCACAUGAACAGACACAGUGACUGAAAUGACAGUAAAAGUAAUAAAAAUAGGACAAGCAUAACCCGAUGACAUCACACGUUGUGAAAGACGACCGGGGAUAAUUAGUCAGUACCAUCGUGUAGUGUGUCUGUCGGCCAAGUCACGGCACGAUUUUAUGACUCCACAAUCAUGUAAUGUGACAUAGUGACUUUCAGAACAGGCAGAAAAGUCGUGUAGUGUGUACCAGCAUAAUGCAAGUCCUGAGUCUGAAAUAUGUCUGUCAGCGAGUCCUCCUCCACCUUUUUUUAGACUCCACCGUAGACAACGGCAGCAUUUCUUCUAGCACGUAGCGAGCCACAAGUUUCAUGGCUUCUUUCAGACUGAUAGGUUUAACGUUAUCUCCGUUAUUAGAACCAAAAGAUAGUCGUUUCUGUUUUGGAGCUGAAGGACCAGCGUUCUAAAAGUAACGGAAGUAACUGAUGUCUUAUUUAUGUACUCAAGUAUUUGAUUACUCAAACAGCAAACUAACGCGUUAGGUUACUCGUUACUGCAAAAAGUAAUCAAAGUAAAAAAGAACUUGAUAAGUGAUUUAUCACUGCCUACUGCUUUUAGAUAACCGAGUGAAUGUACAUUAAAACAAAUAAGGAAACACAUAAAUCACACAUCAGAUCUUGAUGAACAAAUUAUUCAAGUUGAAAAUCUUUACUGAUGUACAUUAUAUAAUUUGUUGAGAACAAAAUGGUGUAACGAUGGUCAAUGGAAACCAAAAUGAUUAACCCACUGAGGGCUGGAUUCAAAAUCACGCCAAAAAAUAAAUAAAAAUGCUGGGCUUUGGGCACAGGUCCCACUAGAGGACGUGGAGCCCUCAUGCCACCCUUAUGGAGUCCAUUUCUGACAGUGAUCAGAAACAUGCACACAAGUAGCCUGCUGGAGGUCAUUUUGUAGGGCUCUGGCAGUGCUCCUCCUGUUCCUCCUCACACAAAGGAGCAGACAGUGGUCCAGCUCUCCUCAUGCUCUCCUUUUUGGGAGUUGUCUUGCUUUUGCCUCUCCAUUGCACCUGUUGUCACUUUGAUUUGCACCAAAGCAGCUGAAACUGAUUCACAAUCACUUGUGCUUCCUGAAUGGACACAUUGAUAUCCCUGAAGUUUAAUUGACUUGGUGUUAUACUGUGACCAUUAAGUGUUCCCUUCUUUUUUUUGGAGCAGUUUAUUAGAAAAUUUACCAUUUUUUUUUUUGUCAUACUGGAAAUAAAAUGCACAGAUAAGAUUAUUAUACUUUUACAUUUCAGAAGCCAGCACUGUCUUGAUUGUUCCAUUUCCUGUCAAUAACUUCCUGUCACACCUAACUGCCUUCCACUGGACUUAAUCAUUGUUUGCUAACAUUAA